ACGCUGGCAAAGGGAAGGUGAAGAGCAGCACGACGUCGGCGGGGCGGUUCCCCGCCGGCGGAGAGAUCUCUGUGCCGGGACUCGUUUCUGGCGGAGGGAUCCGUUUGGGCUCCAGUGGUGCGGCCCCAUCUUGGCUCCGCUCGGGGCGGGGGGAGGCGGCUCCACAGCCGGCACCACCAUGGACGAGGCCUACGACGUGAUCGUGCUGGGCACCGGCCUGACCGAAUGUAUUCUUUCGGGCAUCAUGUCUGUUAAUGGCAAGAAGGUCUUGCACAUGGACCGGAAUCCAUAUUAUGGGGGCGAGAGCUCAUCGAUUACCCCCCUGGAAGAGCUCUACAAGCGCUUUGAGAUUGCUGAGGGCCCCUCUGAAUCUAUGGGGCGUGGCCGGGACUGGAAUGUUGACCUCAUCCCCAAAUUCCUCAUGGCCAAUGGCCAGCUGGUGAAAAUGCUGCUGUAUACAGAAGUGACACGCUAUUUAGACUUCAAAGUGGUGGAGGGCAGCUUUGUCUAUAAGGCAGGAAAGAUCUACAAAGUGCCGUCAACAGAGACAGAGGCUCUAGCUUCCAAUCUCAUGGGCAUGUUUGAGAAGCGGCGCUUCCGCAAGUUCCUAGUGUUUGUAGCAAACUUUGAUGAGAAUGAUCCGAAGACGUUGGAAGGAGUGGAUCCUCAUGGCACCACCAUGCGUGAGGUCUAUCGGCGCUUUGACCUGGGCCAAGAUGUUAUUGACUUUACAGGUCACGCAUUGGCGCUCUACCGCACUGAUGAUUAUUUGGAUCAGCCCUGCUUGGAGACCAUCAAUCGCAUCAAACUGUAUAGUGAAUCCCUGGCCCGCUAUGGCAAAAGCCCCUACCUCUACCCACUUUAUGGUCUGGGUGAGCUUCCCCAGGGCUUUGCCAGGCUCAGUGCUAUCUAUGGUGGGACCUACAUGCUCAACAAGCCGGUGGAUGAGAUUGUCAUGGAAGGUGGCAAGGUUGUUGGGGUCAAAUCGGAAGGAGAGGUGGCACGCUGCAAACAGUUGAUCUGUGACCCCAGCUAUGUGCCAGACCGAGUGCGCCCAGCAGGGAAGGUUGUGCGUGUCAUUUGUAUCCUGAGCCACCCUAUCCGUGGCACCAAUGACGCCAACUCCUGUCAGAUCAUCAUCCCCCAGAACCAAGUGGGCCGCAAAUCUGAUAUAUAUGUCUGCCUCAUCUCUUCCGCUCACAAUGUGGCUGCCCAAGGCAAGUACAUUGCUAUUGCCAGCACUACUGUGGAGACGGAUUCUCCUGAGAGUGAAGUCCAGCCGGCCCUUGAACUGCUUGAACCUGUUGACCAAAAGUUUGUGGCCAUCAGCGACAUUUAUGAACCCACUGAUGAUGGAACUGAAAGUCAGAUAUUCUGCUCACGAUCGUACGAUGCCACCACUCACUUUGAGACAACAUGUGAUGACAUCAAAGACAUUUACCGGCGCAUGGCAGGGACUCCUUUUGACUUCGAGAGCAUGAAACGGCGCCAGAAUGAUGUCUUUGGCGAGGACGAGCAGUGACCACUCUCCUUCUCUUCCCUCCCUACCCCCACCCUCCCCGUUUUCCCCUGUGCAAGGGACCAUACUCCCACUCGGGACUGGCUUACCCAACACCUCACCUGAGACUGGCUCUUCCCUCAAAUCCUCAUUCAGCUAUGCCAGGCUUCUCCCAACUGGGACCAGUCCACUUAAACCACAGGGAGAAAGCACAUUUCCAGCUUUUCCUCCUUUUCUCCUCCCCACCCCCUCCACAGUGGCAUUUUCUGCCUACUUGAAGAGACUCCCCCAUUACUGAAGUUGGAUCGAAGUUGAUGCAACACGAAUCUUUCAUGGACCCUCCUCCUCAUCUCCUUCCAGUGCCUGUAGGGAUUUAAGGCCCAACUCUGCAUUAUGUGCAGUUGCAUGUAAACCCUAACAGCUGCCUUUUCUAGGGAAAAGUAGCUUUGGGUGAGAAUACGUUUCUACUGUAAGUCCUCCCCUCCCUGCAAGAACUCCAGCUGUGUGAUUGCAAGGGUAAGCCCACAUCUGAAAGUGGGGAGGCAGGAAGCACACCCUCAGUUUUUCCAUUCCAUGUUGUGUCCCCCUCAAAGCUGCUCUUCCCUAGAGGGCAAAAAAAGCAGCCGUUUAGAUUUAAAAGCAUGCAGUUGUGUGUAGCAUAUAGUUCUGCCUUCAUCCCUGCUGCAGUAUCAAAAACUUUUAUGCCCUGCUUGCUCUUUUUUUCUGCUGCUGGACAGACUUCACUCUUCUCCCCACCAGCUGUGCCCCUAUUACUACUCCUUUUGUGCCUCACAGUCUGCCCCUCGUUCCCCACUCCAGUACUGAUCCCAGUGAACUUGCUGCUUCACUAGUGACAGAGUUCUUCCCCACUUAGAGGGUCAGCCUUCCUUCCUAUCCUUGUUUGUUCUUCUCUUUGAUUCUGCUAUAGUGAGAGGAGUUCUGGAUUGGCUCCCACUUCAGUAUGAGGAUGUGGGGGCUUGAAGAGCCAUUCAAAACCAUCUCUUGCACACAUUUGUCCCACUAGCCAGUCCCCUGUCCCCCACCUUGCCACUUCGGGUUCCCACAAGCCUCUCUGUUUGUCUUGUGUCCAUUUUGUCCCCUCAGUCCCUCUUAGUUCCUUUAGCCUAAAGUGUGGGGAGAUUUGUGUGUGUGUGUGCGUGUGUGUGUAUGUGUCUCUCUCGUGUGCUGGACAUAGGGACAGGGUGGUGGUUCUGUCCCCCUCCACUUGCUGCCACCUGCUGUAACUUAUUGUAACUUAUUAAUGAAGCAGGUCGAACUUUUGUUGACACUCCUGACAAUUAACGAGGUUUGGGUGAGGGUUAGGCCCUGGCAUGAGCAAAAGGCCUGGGGCCUGUUUUGUGUCAGAGGCUUCCUUCAUCCCGAAGCUGGCUUUAUGGUUAACAAUCUGUCUGUAACUCUAGGGGGAUAUGAGGGGGUCACCUCUCUCCAUCCCACAGCUGCUCAACUGUCUCAAGAUAAUAAAUUCACUUAGUCUA